AUGUAUAGAGAAGAAAAGCUAACAAACGCACAGAUGAAGCUCACCGCCAUCGCCACCCUUGCAUACGGGAUAUCAACGGCAAGUGCAUACGCCUUGUACGGAGGCUACGAGCGAAUGUUCUACUACUACGGCUACAUGAUAGAUGCCGACGUCAACGGACAGCCCAAGAAGGUUGCACCUAGUUGUAAACAGACUGGAAAAUGCACUUUCAACGAGUUUAUCAAAUAUAUCAACGAUUUAUCCAAGCCAGUAUCCGUCACGUCAGACGAGCUUCCCGAGGUGCACACCACAGCGCAAAAGCUCGAUACCCUACAAUUGACAGGAGCAUAUAAGGUUGGCAAAAUAUGGCCAAAGGCUAGUACGAUUCCGGCGCUGUUUGACCAGAUAUCUAGAUACAUCAAGGAGGUUCGCGACAGAGUAAAGAGGAAAGAGAGCAUAGAGUUCGCACGUGCGUCCAUUGAAUCUGUCUGCUUUCUGCGAAAAUUCGCCAGGUCAGAAGCGCUGCGGCCGUAUCUUGAAGGAAAGAAAGUCACACCCGUCAUCAAGAAAGAGGUGUUUAAUGGCAAAUAUUAUGACCUGGUGGAUGAGGCUGCAACCAUUAAGAAAUUCUCUCAGGCCAAGAAAAUGAUCCAGGAUUUUGACAAGGCGGACCCGUCCCACAAUGAUAACAUAAAAGCCUCUUGUGACGCAGCUGCUAGGCUACAUGGUGGAUGA